AUUACCUAUUACAAUAUGGACACCAGUAAAAAGACAGAACCCCCUGUGUCUGUAGAAAUGGUACAACAAAGGGCGAACCCUGAUCAUACUCCAGGAUCAAUUUAUGUUCCAGAACAAGGCGGUUAUAAAGAGAAAUUUGUAAACACAGUGGAAGACAAAUAUAAAUGUGAAAAGUGUCAUCUCAUAUUGUGCAAUCCUAAACAGACGGAAUGUGGCCACAGAUUCUGUGAAACCUGCAUUAAUGCAUUGUUAAGUUCUUCUAAUCCAAAAUGUACAGCGUGUCAAGAGAACAUAGUUAAAGAUAAGGUAUUUAAGGAUAACUGCUGUAGGAGAGAGCUUCUUGCCCUUCAGAUAUAUUGCAGAAAUGAAAACAAAGGCUGCAAUGAACUAUUAACACUGGCACAAUUACUGAUGCAUUUGAGAAAUGACUGUCAGUUCGAAGAACUUUCAUGCCACCGUGCUGAUUGCAGAGAGAAAAUAUUGCGGAAGGACUUGCCAGACCAUGUAGAAAAGACCUGUAAAUAUCGGGAAACUACAUGUAAAUACUGUAAAAGCCAAGUCCCAAUGAUUACAUUACAGAAACAUGAAGAUACAGACUGCCCUUCUGUCGCGGUUUCAUGUCCUCAUAAAUGCAGUGUUACAUCACUCUUGAGGAGUGAGUUGAAUGCACAUUUGUCAGAAUGUAUUAAUGCCCCAAGUACCUGUAGUUUUAAGCGUUAUGGCUGCACUUUUCAGGGAACAAAUCAGCAAAUUAAAGCACAUGAAGCCAGCUCAGCAGUGCAGCAUGUAAAUUUAUUGAAAGAAUGGAGUAAUUCUCUAGAAAAUAAGGUGGCCAUGCUCCAGAAUGAAAGUUUGGAAAAGAACAAGAGUAUACAAACUUUACAUAAUCAGAUUUGUAGCUUUGAAAUAGAAAUUGAAAGACAGAAGGAAAUGCUGCGGAAUAAUGAAUCUAAAAUACAUCAUUUACAGCGAGUGAUAGACAAUCAAGCAGAGAAAUUGAAAGAACUGGACAAAGAGAUCCGCCCAUUCCGACAGAAUUGGGAGGAGGCAGACAUCAUGAAGAGCAGUGUGGAGUCCCUUCAGAAUAGAGUGAGUGAACUGGAAAGCGUUGAUAAAACUGCAGGACAAGGAGCUCGAAAUACAGCCGUACUAGAGACACAGCUAAGUAGACACGAUCAAAUGCUGAGUGUUCAUGAUAUUCGGUUGGCUGACAUGGACCUCCGAUUCCAGGUGUUAGAAACUGCCAGUUACAAUGGAGUAUUAAUUUGGAAAAUUCGAGAUUAUAAACGUCGGAAACAAGAGGCCGUCAUGGGGAAGACUCUGUCCUUGUACAGCCAGCCUUUCUAUACUGGAUACUUUGGCUAUAAGAUGUGUGCCAGAGUUUACCUUAAUGGAGAUGGCAUGGGAAAAGGGACGCACUUGUCAUUGUUUUUCGUCAUAAUGCGUGGAGAAUAUGAUGCCUUACUUCCUUGGCCAUUUAAACAGAAAGUGACUCUGAUGCUAAUGGAUCAGGGAGCUUCUCGACGUCACUUAGGAGAUGCUUUCAAGCCAGAUCCAAACAGCAGUAGUUUCAAGAAGCCUACUGGAGAAAUGAACAUUGCAUCUGGCUGCCCAGUCUUUGUGGCUCAAACAGUUCUAGAAAAUGGAACGUAUAUUAAAGAUGAUACUAUUUUUAUUAAAGUCAUAGUGGAUACUUCGGAUCUACCAGACCCCUGA